AAAAAAUGCAGUCACAAUUUCAAAGAAUCCGAUAUCCGAUCCCGACGCGUGUGAUACCUUAUUAGCUGGCGGGGGACUCGCUGGCCUGAGUGAAGGGACGAACGAGCGUGCCUUGCGUGGCCUUGUCUUGCAACGCACUCCACGCCGAACGCUGCCAAGAAGCCAUAUAGCCACUCUGAGACGAUGACGCCGCGCGCUACGGAGCCCCGCGUGGUGCCCCGAAACGGAGUGCCGGCGCCCAACGAGCCCCAACCUGUUGAGCCCGACGUGGUGGGUGACACGGCCGGCGACUGCGGCCCCUGGCAGUGGCGCAUCACGGCCGCCCUUUCGCUCUUCUACUUACCCUCCACAUGGCAUAUGACAGCGAUCACUUUCCAAACGGUCACACCGUCCUUUUCCUGCCAAGGUUAUCAGGAGCCGACAGGUUGCGACCAGUUCAACGCGACAAACACUUGCGAAAAAUGGGAUUUCAACGUGACGACGACCGGUGACACCAUUGUUUCUGAGUGGGGUCUAGUGUGUGAACGAGAGUCGCUGAUCAACGUUUCCAUGAUGUCCUUCUUGCUUGGCGUCACCGUGGGCGGCCUUGUGUCCGGAAUCCUCUCAGACCACUUCGGACGGCGCAAAACCCUAUCUAUCUUCCUCGCAGUGCAGAUUGUUUGCGGAACGGCGAUCGCGUUCACGCCAUGGCUGUGGCUGUUCAUGGCGUUGCGUUUCGUGCUGGGCUGGUCGUGCGUGAGCGUCGUGUUCAGCGCGUUCGUGCUGUGCAUGGAGGUGGUCGGGGGCGCGCGUUGGCGCACCGUGGCCGGCGUCUCCUUCCAUUACCCUGUGCCACUGGGCUACCUGACGGUGGCGCUGAUCGCCUACCUGCUGCCCGCGUGGCGCCACCUGCAGCUGGCGGCGUCGCUGCCGGCGCUGCUGCUCUUCGGCGUGGUGGCCGUGCUGCCCGAGUCGCCGCGCUGGCUGCUCGCCGUCGGCAAACGCAAGCGACUGGCGCGCACGCUGCGCUCGGCCGCCGCCACCAACCGCCGCCCCUUCUACGCUGAGCAGCUUGAGUCCGCCCUUCCCGUCCAACCAGUCGUUGACGCCGCCAACGACAACGCCGAUAAAGAGACCGUCGGCAUGAUGUCGCUUGUACGCACACCACACAUGCGACGCAUCUCGCUGCUCGUCUACGCGCAGUGGUUCUCGCUCUACCUCGCCUACUUCGGCAUCGUGCUCAACCUCGGCAACAUUGAGGGCAGCAUCCACCUCAACACUGUCAUCUCAGGUUUGGUCGAGCUGCCCGCCAUCGCGCUGAGCACACCACUGUUGCUGAGGCACGGACGCCGCGUUCCUCUCUUCGGCACCAUGGUCGCGGGAGGCCUCUUCUGCAUCCUCGCCGCCCUGGUACCCGAUUCGCAUGCAUAUGGAACGAAACUCUCAGUUGGCCUAGUCAUGAUGGGCCGAUUCGCUUUUUCCUUUCCCUGGGUCAUCCUGCCCGUUUUCACUGCAGAGCUGUUUCCUACCGUGGUGCGCAACAUGGGCGUCGGUUCCGCCAACCUCGCGGCAGGAAUUGCCCUCAUUUUGGUUCCUAACCUUUGGAAUUUGUCAACGUUUUGGGAAGGACUUCCUCUGGUUGUUCUUGGUCUCCUCUCCAUUCUUGGCGGCGCAUCAGUUAUGUUGUUGCCUGAAACCACUAAGAAACCACUGCCCAAUACAAUUGAAGAACUUGAGCAAAUGUACAACUAAAAGUUUGUUUAAAAUAAUUUUGUUUGUAAGCUACUUUAUGUUAUGAAUAAAAAUACCAAAUAAAUGAA